CCUAAUCUGAUAUGCACACACAGGUCUUCAGGCUACUUCGUCUCUAUGCUGUUGAUGGUUUGGAACGAGACAUCGCCUGUGAAGAUGCUCCCACUUUCAUUCUUGAUGUCUUUGACCUCACUUACUAUAUGUUUUGCAGUUAAUUCUACAGAAGUUUCCGAGGCUCAUCUGAAGUGCAGUCACAAUGGGAAGCACAUACUCUGGUACAAGCAGAAUGACAAUCAGAGGCCCCGCCUGAUAGGAAAAUCCACAACCAACAUCUUAGCUGUUUCCAGCCUGGAACGGGAGCUCAGCAGCAACUACUACUACUGUGUCGUGAGACAGAAUGGGGAGUACGUGUUCACAGCUGCCAAUUUCUCAGCCCAGAUGUUAUCCUCAUGGUCAGAGGUCUCACGUCUCUGGACCACAACACUGCCUCAGAGUAACAACGUGAUUGAAAUGAACAUCGGUGAGAAUCUAACCUUGGAGUGUGAAAUGAACAACGGAGACGUGCUUUGGUACAAACAGCAGCGAGAAGAGCCCCCACUUGUGAUUGUGACGGUGUUCUUCAAAACAACUCUUCCUGUUCCACUCUAUCAUAAUGGAUUUAAAAUCACCCCUCACAAAAGCUUUCGCCUACAAGACACCAGCUACUUGUCCUUAAGAAGCUUAUCUGACCAAGACAAUGCCAUGUAUUACUGCGUCAGAGACAAGGAUGGCGAGCUACAUUUUGAAAAAGGAACUGAGUUACGUGUAAAGGUUGAAGAGGAGCCAAACACGACUGAUUUUCUACUGCAGUUUUACUGGAUCUGUUUUGCUUUGAUCAUCGGAAUGGCUCUUUCAGCCUUAGCUUUUCUUCUAUUUAUUGCAAGAUCUAUGAAGAGAGAGCGACAUUCAUUGCACAUUCGUUACUAGAGCUGCACUUAAAACCCCUUUACAUCCUGAGGUCAUUUCUCAGUGAUUUCCACCUGCAGGGAGAACACCAUCAAAACUUUAUUAUGCAAUAAAUAAAGGAAGGACAACCAUGUUUUCACUAAACCUUGACAUUUACCUUCUUAAUUGUAGUAGAAAUUGAAUUUUUUGUCAAAUGGAAACAUUACUUUACUCAAAAACUGAUGCCAAAAUAGUGAAAAAGACAUAGGUGGACACAGUUAUAUUUCCAAAUUUGUGUUAUAAAAUACAAGUUCAAGCAAUGCCAGGUCAGUUUUCUCACCUCUGAGGUGUUCCCAGAUAUGUCAACUGUGCCUAUGUUGAUAACACAAAGCCUUUGGCACCAUGGCCAUGGAUUAUGUUAUUUUUCUCAAGACUCCUUCAUCACACAUGCAUGUUUUAGGGAUUGUUUUACUCAGGAGAAGAUGCUGUAAGUGUUGAUAUGUUACUUGUAUAAUUUUGCUGUUGCUUUGUGGAGUUAUAUUUGAGAGCAUGUGAAAAUCCACAUUCAAGGUGUGAUGGUUUUUCCAGUUUUUGGCAAGCAGUUGUAGCGGGGUUUCAAGUCAUGGGUAGAAAUCUACUGCUCGAGACCUUUCGAUUGAUGUAUAACACUUGGGUGUUCCUUGUACAGAAAAGAUCUUCUUUCGACUGUCUCCCGUUAGGAGUUGCCACAGCGGUUGAUCUUGCUCCAUAUCUUCCUGUCCUCGUCAUCUUAUUCUGUUACA